AUGGACGACACGCGCGCACGAGCCGACGAGGAUAUAGCCCUGGAUUCGUCCCGCUUACGCUCUUCUGCUCGGCUCGGCUUCGCGAGCACCGCCGCUGCCGCCGCUGCCGUCACUGCUGCCGCCACCACCACCACCACCUCCUCUUCGACCACCGCCGCCACCUGCCGCGUCGCGAGACGCAAGAGGAAGAAGAGAAGGCGUCAGCGGCUCGUUACGAGCAACGACGACGCGACCGGCGUCGCCGUCGCGGUCGCCUCCCGCAGCAACGCUAACACGCCGAGUAAUAACGUAGCUGUAGCCGAAACCACCGCUGCCGCAACCGCCGCCGCCACCUCCACCGCCACCUCCGCCGUCGUCGUCCUCGAGCCUGACGCUGACGCCGCCACCACCGCCGCCGCCGUCGCCGCCGCCGCCACCGCCGACGCAGCCACCGCCACCGCGGGGACAGACUCGGCGCGGGUCGAUAAACCGAGGAGCCGCCUCCUCGUCGAGCAGAACACCAGCGGGGAAAUCCAGCUACGCGUCGGAGGAAGCGGCGCGCGUGCGGCCGCCUCCUCCGUCGGCACCGCCGGCGUCACGCUUGUCAACCGACGCGCCGGCAAACGCUCGCCUCGGCGAUGCAACGUCGCCGGCGGCCGUAGGAGCGCGAUGACGAUGGACCUUCAGAGGCUGAUCAACGAGGUGCACGCGAGACCCGCGAUCUGGGACCAGAAGAACGUCAACUACCACAAUCGCGAUGUCAUACUGAAGAUGUGGCGGGAGAUCGCGAGGGCCUGUGAGGUGUCGACGGACGUCGCCAAGUCGAAGUGGAAACACCUGCGCGACAACUUCCGGAACGAGCUGAAGAAGACGUAUCGGGGCAAAUGCGACAGCAUCGGCGGCACCGAGCACGACUCCAAGUGGGUCUGGUUCAAGAGCCUGUUCUUCCUGCGGGACCAAAUGAACUCCAGGGUGAUUGGCUGCGCUUUGUCGCAGAACUGCGUGGGCGCGAUCAACAUGCGUUCGUCGCCGGACGGCACGCAAAUCGAGCCGCAGAUCGAUAUUCUCGAGGGUCACGAGGAAACGCAGUUCGACGACUUGGACGGAGACUCGUGCCAGUCAUUGUUGUCCAAUGACGACGGCUUGCAUCAUGUGAUGCCGCCGCCGAAGAUGAACAAGAUGAUCGGCCGGAAGCGCGCGCUCAUGGACGCGAUCGACAACGAUUAUGCAGUCGAGGUCGAGCGGAAGCGGUACGAGUCCCUGCAGAAGAGACUGGCGAUGGGAUCCGAGGAUGAGGACGACACCUACCAUUUCCUUAUGAGCGUGAGAAACCCUCUUAGGAGCCUACCGCUCGAUAGGCAGAUGUUCGUCCGGCUUAAGAUCCAGGAGCUGGUCUACAAUGAAAUCAACUCGCAGAAUCAGCAGACCACGGGUCGUGUUUACGACAUGUCCUCGCAGGGUCAAGAUGUGAAACCACCGCGGACCGGCAACGGCGGCAACGGCGUCGGCGGCGACGUCAUCAGCGACAUGUCGAAUCCGGCGUCGUUGCUGCAGAACUGCACUCCCGAGGGCUCCAGCGACGAUGCCUACCUCGGCUAAGAGCUUGUCGUCGCUCGAUUUGCACGUGCUUAGGCGUAAGGAUUAUAAUUUUAUCAAUAGAGAAUAAACGAUGGUAUUUUUUCAGUAA